GGUACACUGUGCAGGAUUUACCAUAUUAUGGGUGCAUUUACAAUUCAGAUUAGCAAUGACCUUGUUGAUCAACUUGUUGAUGAGAAGGUCAUAAAGAAGAAAACUAGAAAGACUAGACAACGCAAGGUGGCAAGAGAGACUGAAAAGCUUCAACCUAAUGUAACUGGAAAGCCCGAGAAUGCGGCUGCUCCGGGGUGGCCAGUGCAAUCCCCUUUAUUUCCACCUGCAAAACUGCCUGUACAACCUUCUCAUUCAGAGAUAGAAGGCAUUCGGUCUGUGCUUCACGAAAGUGAGAAGGUUUUGGAAAGUUUGCAGAAGCAGGAGGAGAACAUGUUGCGGGAAGUAACCCAAAAGGCAAAGGAUCUCCAUGACAAAGAAUAUAAGCUUCCAAACCCAAAGCCUGAGCCUUGCAUGGCUGAGAGGCUUGCUACUUUAUCAUGUUACAAAGAACAUAUCAAGGACCCAUUGAAGUGUUCUGGUCUUGUUACCAAUUUUGCUGAUUGCUUGCGUAGGUUUGGCCGUUUAGGUGACAAGUAA